CAAGAGACACCCGUGUGCAAGACCGCCUCUCCCCUGCCAUCCAGACAAUCCACGCCAGUCUCCUCUCUGGACUACACAACCCAACACCGGCCGGUUCCCCAGGGACAGAUUCUCCACCUCAUACGACUCUCAAACCGGGGGCGGUCUCUGGGGCUACAGCACCAGGGUCCUUGGAGGCGUCUUUAAGGCUGCGGUCCCGCCCUCAUUGCCCGCCCUCCUCCCUCCUCCCUCCGCCAGGAUCCAGCGGCCAGACUCGCGGAGCAGGUGCGGGCCCUCGUAUGCGGCUGCGGGGGCCGCGGUGGUAGCGGCGCGGGGCGCUCGCCCGCCCCUUCUCCGGGCCACUCUCGGGCUCCGGCACUCGGGGACAUGUCGGUGGUGACUGGCGGUGGCGAGGCGGCCGGCGGUGCCGGUGGCGGCGGUGCGCGCGUCUUCUUCCAGAGUCCCCGUGGUAGCACAGGCGGCAGCCCGGGAUCCAGCAGCGGCUCGGGCUCCUCAAGGGAAGAUUCGGCGCCAGUGGCCACAGUGGCCGCUGCCGGGCAGGUGCAACAGCAACAACGACGUCACCAGCAGGGAAAAGUGACAGUGAAAUACGACCGUAAGGAGCUUCGGAAACGGUUGGUGCUGGAGGAAUGGAUCGUGGAGCAGCUGGGUCAGCUGUAUGGCUGCGAGGAAGAAGAAAUGCCAGAUGUAGAAAUUGACAUUGAUGACCUUCUUGAUGCCGACAGCGAGGAAGAAAGAGCUUCGAAAUUACAGGAAGCUCUCGUAGACUGCUAUAAACCAACAGAGGAAUUCAUCAGGGAGCUGCUCUCCCGGAUAAGAGGCAUGAGGAAGCUGAGCCCUCCGCAGAAGAAGAAUGUAUAAUUUUGGAACAGGGUAGACUUCUCUCGGAGACGAAGAAAGCGACCUGGGAUUUGGACUUCACAACGACUUUUAUUAAAUAACCAUAGUUGUCUUUUACAAACAACAUUUUUUUGGUGUGUAUGUGUGUGGAUGGGGAGGGUUAGACAUUUAUUCAAAAGUGUUCCUUUUUUGUUACUUUAAAGGGUUUUUGUUACUGUAAUAUUUUAAUGGCAAAGCUAUUACAACUUGGACUGCAGCCCGAACAAGGACUGUAAAAACAGAUGUAUCUGUAAGGAUGGGCGGAGCCAGGCAGUGUUUUCUGUUAAGGACUCAGCGGUAAUUAGGAUCUCACUCUACAGGGAAGACAGUUUUCUUGUGGUCAGUUUGAUGAGACAUUCUUAAGUUAUACAUUUGACUGAGAUGUCAAAAAUGUCUCAUGGUUGUAUAUAUAUAUCUACAAACUCUAAGUCAAAAAUAGAAUGUGACCUCUAUCUCACGUUGAUGGAAUAAACCUGUGCCUGUCCUGAUAGAAGAGGUCACAGGCUGUGUGUUUUCCAGAUGCCUCCAGGCAUUCUUCAUACAAGUGUGGUCUACCUUCGGCAUCCACUUUCUGCGCCAAAGUGGAAGAAUUAGGUGUGUUCAUUAUUAUAAUGAGCCAUAUGACACACAUGUUGAGUUGGUCAAGGGCUUACUAUAUGGACUUUCAUUUUUUUUUUCAUUGGUUGAGAUGCUUCGCCAGGUCAAGUCCUUAUUGCCUCAUUGUGGUCUUUUGAAGUUUUAUGAACUUUUAAUUUCAAGAACCAACCGGAUUUCUAAAGAAAUGCCCACAGUUCCUGAAGAGAGUUUUGCAAUGGAGAAAGGAAGCCCCAUGUAGCAAUGGGCUCUCUACUUUCAAUGCAAUACUGUGUAUUAUCUCUGUCAGUGAAAGCCGGCCAAAGGGAAGCCAACAGAUUGAAUCUCUUCCUCCUUAGAAGUAGAUUCUGGCCCCUUCUGUGCUUGGAAACCAUUAGUCCGGAAGUGUAAACUGAAUAUUGAGAAAAUGUAGCGAUGAGAAGACCCCGGAAGAUGCUUGUUGGUUUAGAAGCAUGGCUUCAUCUCUGGUUUCUCUCAGUGGUUCAUGGUCCUAAUUGUGACUUUGAUUUCCAUGUUGGGAGUUAGGCCUGAGUGCCUACCCUUAUCCUUCAGUUACAUACCAGCUCUUUAGAGAAGAAUUAAAAUUCAUAUGGGAUGUAGGCGGGGUGAAAAGUGAGUAGAAACCCUUCCUUCCUUCCAGGAAGCCCCUACUGCCUCCCCCUGGAAACCCUGCCUGCUGUAAGAAGUCUCCAGGUGGCCCUGUCUGAAGACAGGGACCAGGCAUUUUAUAUCAAGGGUGCUUUGAACAUAUUUUAUUUUUUAAAAGAACUAUGUUUGUGAAUUUUCUGUAUACUGGCAAGCUUUUGGAAAUGUAUUUAAUUUUGUAAUGUUUACCAAUGAUUUAUUUACAAGCUAUUUACUCAAAUAAAGGGAGCUGCUUACAA